AUGCCAAGAGUGUGCCCACAUGGCCCUAGCCAACCAAAACUUACACAAACAUAUCAAAACAGGACGCGGCACAGAAACGUUGGCCAUAAACUGGGACACGGGACUUAGGACCCUGAGAAUGUUAGAAGAUAGAACAUAGAACAUGACCCCAGCUCGGCGGACGCUCAGUGGUAGAAUAUUUAAAAAUGGCCACGUUGUUGAGUAAGGUCUCUAGCACAUUUUCUGCUUUUAGUUGUGUUAGAUUAUCCCUGAAAGCUUACCGCGUGCAAGCGCAAUUUGAAAAUAUGUUAACCAUGCGAUUUUGCGCACCAAAGAACCCAGUGGGAGAAGAAGAUAUCGCUGCAGCUCGUGUCAAGGCAUAUAAGCAGUAUUAACAACAGCCACAACGAUAACGAACAUUGCCGGGGCCCGAGAGCCCCAUGCGGAGGAUAAAUUGGCACAGGCUUUAGUGACAGCUUCAGCUUCAGCUCCAGAGCAGCCAGACAGCCGAUGUGACCCAGUUAAAGCGCAUUUAGCUGGCCAAGGAGACACAAAUCCCAGCCACUACUCCUCGACUCCAACCACGAACCAAGGAAACGAGAAUCGAAAGUCCCGAAUCACGGAACGCAGCACGCGGGACGUAGAGCGUUCCCAGACACAGCGUGUCACAGUGCAAGGAUUAUCAAUUUGCUUGGCAUUUAAAUGGAGUUGGCCACGAUGCGACGGGGCCUGAUCCUCCUCUCGGCGAUGGCUAUGGCGAUGCUCGUCUGUUUGCCGGCUGCCAGCGGGGAGGGGCCUGAGCCAUCUUCAAUAUUUAAGAGCAGCGAAAUAAAUGGCCAGACAUUUCAAAGAACUCAAUCAAAGCGCGAGGCGACAGCUAAGGCAUCGCCGGCAUUAAUUUCGGCGACAACGCAAAUGACCCAGGCAAAUGGGGGCACAGCAAUUGGGAACACAAUAGCUGCAGCUUUGGAUGCAGCUCCUCCUGCCGCCAACGAUGUCAUCAUUAAUAACAUUAGCAACAAUGGAUCGAAGCAAGCCACAGCCACUGCCACAAUGGCCACUGUGACCGCUGCCCUGGAGGCGAAUCUUAUUAUGAGCAAUCGGAACAUCCAGCAGCAGCAAUUGCCGGAGAACAUCUAUAGAAUCACACACGGAGACAACAAUGCCACAUUCACAUCCACAUUCACAUCCAUGGCGGGCACAGCAGUAGGAAUUUCUGCGAAUGCAUCUGCCACCGCAACAACAGAGCCAGCAACAACGACAACGACAAUGACAACAACGACGACAACAAGGAGAACAACACGCAGGCCAGUGGCAACAACCACGCUGAAGCCGCCGCCAACAAUAGAUGAUUACCAGACAAUAAUUAGCCAGGCCGGGACCCAUGCCUAUCUGCCCUGCAACGUCAAGCAGCUGGUAAAGAAACCCAUUUCCUGGUUACGCAUGCGGGACGGCCACAUUCUAACGGUGGAUCAGACCACGUUCAUCGCGGAUCAGCGCUUCCAGUCGGUCUUCUCACCCAAUCCGGAGAGGUGGUCAUUGCAGAUCAAGUACGUUCAGGUCAAGGAUGAAGGCACAUACGAGUGUCAGGUCUCCACCGAGCCCAAGGCCAGUGCUAUUGUUCACCUAAGGAUUGUGGAGCCGAAAACCGAAUUAAUUGGCGAGUCGACGCGCCAUGUGAAGGCCGGAAGUCAAGUGAAAUUGCGUUGCAUAAUUAGCCAGGCACUGGAGCCGCCGCUUUUCAUUAAUUGGUUUUACAAUCAGAAGCAAAUCUAUUUGCAUAAUCGUCGCGGUUGGCGUACGGAAAUUGAACGGAUCGAUCUGCCACCGGAAGUGGCAACCACCACAACGACAACAACAACCACUACAACAACCACGGCUCAAGCGAUAACAACAACCACCAUGGCAGCAACAGGAGCCGCAACACCGUCGGAGUCGGUUAAUGGUUUAGGUACCAUAACCCGCUCAUAUAUAUUAGAUGCCAUAUCCCUGAAUGAUGUGGCUGCAGUCGGGGCAGGGAGUGGAGCUGUCAGUGAAUUGACAACGGCCCCGGCAGUUGCUGAUGGAGGAGUCGAUGUUGCAACAUCUCUGGCGCCUGGUGCUCGUGCUGGGCCUGCCACACCCACGACAGCCGCCUCAGUGCUCACCUUGGCAUCCACAGCCACCGCACAAGAUGGUGUUGCAUCCACUGCAGAUACCACAGCAACAACAACCACUUGGCUGCCAAGCACAGAAACGGCAACGCCAGCAGAAGAGGUGGCAGCAACAACAACGGUGACGACUACAACAAUGCUGCCAAGCAGCAGUUUCAUUAAACAGAUAACGACGGCCUCUCUCAUCAUUCCGGCGGUGGUGAAGCUGGAUUCCGGCAACUACACUUGCAGCCCCUCGAACAGUGCGCCCCGCACCAUUGUGCUCCAUGUGCUAAACGGUGAAUAUUCUGCCUCUGCCAUUAAGUCGGGGAGCGUCAGCUGGAGAGUGCUAAUUGGAUGUCGGGGCUAUUUGCACUGGCGGAAUGUUUCAUCGCUUCUGACACUUUUGUGGAUUAUUAAAUUUGUGCUGGCCAUGGAAAUCUGCCAGUUGAGAGCCAACAAAGCCACCGCAACCAGGACACCCAUCAUCAGCUGUCUCCGAAGCAGCAGUGGGCGGACUCUGGGUACGGACAUAGACCAGGUCUGCCGCUCAAUUAGCGGCACACAAGUGGCAGAGGAUAAGACCUGAGUGGAGGGUGCCGCUGACCUCGAAUUGUAUGCUAUAAAUGAGGCUAUGAAUUAAGAUUUUACUCGAUGUAUUAUCCUCCGAAAAUAAAAAACAAACAGACAUUCAUCCCCAUACAUUAAUAGCUCCAUGAAUAAUAUUAAAAAAUAUACAAUUAAUAUUCUUUUGCCGUGUGUGUGUAAAUGAAUGUUUAAGAAACAUUUUUCGGUUCAAGGCAUAUCGCAUAUUUCGAUAAACAAUUCGCAAGAAUUGUGUAAAUAGCAGGCACAGUUUAACCCGUAAAUUAAGAUUAUUUUACUGAUUUUGUAUCAAUUGGAAUCCGCCAUGGUUGUAAAAUAUUUAAUUUUAAA